AUGCGGGAGGCCGUGCUGGAGCCCAACACCAUCAGCUACUGUGUUGCAGUCAGCGCGUGCGAGAAGAGCGCGCAGUGGCAGCGGGCUCUGAGGCUGCUCAGUGAGAUGCGGGAGGUACGGGUGGAGCUCAGCACUGUCAGCUUUAACGCUGGGAUCAGCGCUUGCGAGAAAGGCAAGCAGUGGCAGCGGGCUUUAGGGCUGUUCGGCGAGAUGCAAGAGGCGAACAUUAAGCUCGACAGUAUCAGCUACAGCGCUGGAAUCAGCGCUUGCGAGAAAGGUGCGCAGUGGCAAUCGGCUCUAGGCCUGCUGAGUAAGAUGUGUGAGGCAAUUGUGGAGGCCGACGUCAUCUCUUCUACAACGCAGGGGCGAGUGCGCUCGGUGGUUCUGGUCACCUGCACAUGCCCGCCCACAAGGCUACACUCCGAGCUCGCCUGGGCCCUGCUUCAGAUGGCCACGGCGACUGCUCGUAGAUACACGACGUCGAGGCCGCACUUCCAGCACACGUCGGCCAAGCACCUGCCCAUGGCCAGGACGACUGCAAGUCCGUGCGCGACCUCGAGGCAAGCGGGGGAGGAGCAGGAUGCGGAGCACGACGUAGACUGCGACGACGACGACGACGAGACCGAUCACGACGACGACAACGACGACGACGACGAUGACAGCGGCGACAGCGACGGCGCUGACGGGGGAACAACCCGCGUCCGCGAUGCCCGCCCAGGACGACAAGGACAGGGGCGGCGACUGCGACCACGAGCCCGACGUCAUCCUGAAAGCCUGUCGGCAUCAUCUCCGCCCAGACCCCGCCGUCAGCCCGGUCAGCCCUGA